CCUCCUCGCUCUCGCUUCACUGUAGUUCACUUAAUGCUCCCCCCCACGCCACAUCACCCGCGACGAGGGCGAUCGGAGGAGGAUAACGGAGUUAGGGUUCCUUCGGGAGCUGAUCGAUCGAUCGAUCGAAGCCCUCGGAAGGAGAUCUCAGUCGCGAUCGAGGAGGAGGAAACCCUAAUCCUCCGAUCCGGUGCUGAGAUUCGCAUUUCGAUUUCCUUUCCCCCUCUUUCCCCUCUUCUUUUGUUAUUGGGUUCUUUCUCGAUGUGAGAGCGCGUCAGAUCCGGGAUGUCAGAUCUGUUCGACGACUGCGGGGAGGGGUUCGUCGGCGAGGCCGACGGGGGGAAUGCGACGCCGACAACGCAGCCGGCGGUUCUCACGGCGUCUGUCUCGUCCAGGGGUGAGCCGAAGGCGGGGCCGACUCUGAGGCGGAGGGCCUCGAUUAAGCCCAGCUUGGAUGUCGAGGAGUUCAUUAAUCUGCUCCAUGGAUCGGAUCCGGUGAAGGUGGAGCUCAACAGGCUCGAGAAUGAAGUUAGAGACAAAGAUCGGGAAUUGUCGGAGGCACAUGCGGAGAUCAAGGCUCUUAGGUUGUCCGAACGUGCAAGAGAGAGGGCAGUCGAAGAGCUGACGGAAGAAUUAACAAAGCUGGAUGAGAAGCUCAAGCUCACCGAAUCGCUCCUGGAGAGCAGGAAUCUUGAAAUUAAGAAGAUAAAUGAUGAAAAGAAAGCAGCCUUGGCUGCCCAGUUUGCAGCUGAGGCAACACUUAGAAGAGUUCACGCAGCUCAAAAGGAUGAUGACAUGCCUCCAAUUGAAGCCAUUCUUGCACCUCUCGAGGCAGAGUUGAAGCUAGCGCGUCAAGAGAUUGCAAAGCUACAGGAUGACAACAGGGCAUUAGAUCGUCUUACUAAAUCAAAGGAAGCAGCACUUCUGGAUGCAGAACGAACUGUACAGAUUGCUCUAGCAAAGGCUUCUUUGGUGGACGAUCUACAAAAUAAGAACCAGGAGUUAAUGAAACAGAUUGAGAUCUGUCAGGAGGAGAACAAGAUCUUGGAUAAAAUGCACCGACAAAAGGUUGCUGAGGUUGAAAAACUUAGCCAGACUGUGCGAGAACUAGAAGAGGCUGUUCUUGCAGGUGGUGCAGCUGCAAAUGCCGUUAGGGAUUACCAGCGGAAAGUUCAGGAGAUGAGUGAAGAGAUGAAAACCCUUGACCGUGAACUUUCUCGGGCAAAGGUUACAGCUAAUAGGGUUGCAGUGGUAGUGGCAAAUGAAUGGAAGGAUGCUAAUGACAAAGUAAUGCCUGUUAAACAGUGGCUUGAGGAACGAAGAUUCAUGCAGGGUGAGAUGCAGCAACUUCGAGAUAAACUUGCCAUUUCAGAGCGUACUGCAAGAUCUGAAGCUCAAUUAAAAGAGAAGUUUCAUUUACGGCUCAAGGUUUUAGAAGAUGGAUUGAGAAUGUCGGCAAGUGGUACUAACCGUAUCAAUGUGGAGGGAAAGAAUGUAAGCAAUGGUCCUUCACGUCGCCAGUCCCUUGGUGGAGCUGAUAAUAUUCCAAAGAGUGCUAAUGGCUUCCUGUCAAGGAGACCAUCAUUUCAGAUGAGAUCUUCUAUAUCUAGUAGCACAGUUCUGAAACAUGCCAAAGGGGCAUCUAAGUCGUUUGAUGGUGGCACUAGGUCAUUGGACCGUAGCAAAGCCCUUUUGAAUGGAGCAGGCUUAUUGCUGAACAAGUCUUCAGACGCAACUAGGGAUAAUGUCUUGCAAAACAGUUGGAAAGAAAAUCCAGAUGACAAAACCACUGAGUUCCCUAAUGUCGACGCGGAUGAUUGUGUAUCUGGGUUAUUGUAUGACAUGUUGCAGAAGGAGGUUAUUUCAUUGAGAAAAGCAUGUCAUGAGAAGGACCAAAGCUUAAAAGACAAGGAUGACGCAAUUGAGAUGCUGGCCAAGAAAGUUGAUACAUUGACUAAAGCGAUGGAAGUGGAGGCAAAAAAGAUGAGAAGGGAAGUAGCUGCAAUGGAGAAAGAGGUGGCUGCUAUUCGAGUGGAGAAAGAACAAGAUAACAAGUCCAAGAGGCUUGGUGGUUCCAAGGGCCCGACGAGUACUUCUCAAUUGCUACCAGGAAGGACUCUGCCUCGUAGUGGGUCGAUGCGCAAUCAAUAACGAAGAAAUACAAGGGUUGAAGAUAUCAACGAGAUCCUCUGCAUCGUUCUUCAUCCCUCGGUCGAGUUGAUCUUUAGACUUAAACCAGCACCAGACACCCUGCAACACUCUGCCAGGGAGCUCAUUUGGAAAAUGAGAUCCUGUUCGCUGCCAGACUUCGACUCUAUAUAGUUUGGCUACAGCAAGUGAUGCAUGGGUUUGCUAACUUCAUGACCUCUUAUUUUGGUAAGACAAUGUCUUAUUUGUUUUGUAUAGCCUGGUGUAUCCUUGUUCUUCAGCAUUCUACAAAGUCACGCCAGUAGUGUUUUGGUUUUCCUUUUUCUUUCUCCGCUUCUUUUCAAGGAUGUGGGAAAUAUUGUAAUUCCAUAUUUGCGUUUGCUUGCGUGCUACACACUCUAAUUGAUUGUUCCUAGAUUUGUGUGUGUUAUACACCCCCUAAUUGGUUGAUCUUGAUUUCCUC